CCCCGGGUUUGUACACCGAGUGUACACCAAAUAAAAGGUUACCCUACCCCACCCUCCAUUUACCCAUUCUUUCCCUUCUCUGUGCCCCCCACCCGUCUCUCUCUCUCUCUCUCUCUCUCUUUUCCGAUCAAUUUCCGACGGGCGUGCACGAUGUGCGUUCAUCUUCUUGUUCCAAUUCCUCAGUACCAAUGUCGCCAUCUUCGUUUUGCUCCUUCGUCUACCACGUUGCCCUCUACUCCAAGCCUUCGUCUUCGCACUUCCGCACAGAUUCCAUCGCUCCAGUGACGCUGUUGAAGGAGAAGAAAGACGAUGUGGCAAUAGGGGAGGAACGGGCGUUGACAACGAAGAAGAUUGGCGGGGCGGGGAAGAGGAUCGAUCUCAUGAUAUAGAUCCUGUGGCGGUGAUGAUGAAGGCAUGGUGCUGCGUAUAAUUCAAGACUCAACUUUAGCUCUUUGGUUGUAUAACCUCAGGCUUUUGGGUCGUUA